AUGGAGCAGUCCCAGGAUUUCAAAUCGCUCCAGGAUACUGUCCAGAAAUCACUUAUCUCGACAAUCAAGACGGUGAACCGGAUUGCGGCCGACGACUUGAGCUUUCAGCGCACAGUCAAUCCUAGCGUGGGCCAACAACUCGAAGAUCGAACCUCACGAAUUCUCGGACUGUCUACACGUCUACUCCAGUCGGCCGGUAAAGCAUGUGGUGUCAAAGCGCCUAAGCUUGAGGAUGUGGAAGAUAUCGAGCUGAACUGGAAGGGUGUGGUUGAUGUAGUCGAUUCUACGCUCGAGAAGGCCGAUACAGCGUUGGAUGAAUAUACGGGACUGAUCAAGAGAAAGGAGCCCCCUGCUUCGGAAUCUAACAAGAAACCCAAGUCAACGAACAAGGUCAUCCGAAACGCCAACAUUUCCAAACCUCAGCUUCACUUUGAGCGAAAGCCCGACAACUUUGAGCCUCCACCUUGGAAGCCAAUGCUUACGUCCAAACCUAAUGCCACGAUUCCUCUGGAAGAAAGUCUCAAGGUUGUGCCUAACGAAAACGGCGUGCCGCAAUAUCAGCACCCUUACGAGCACGAGAUUGUACGCAUGGCAUACCCGAAACGAGUUCUCAAAGAAGCCGAGCCCAUCAUGUACCAGCCUAUCGAAUCGACCAAAGCAAUUUUUGUCGAUACAUAUGAGGGCGUUCUGGAGAUGCUGGAAGAGCUCAAGAAGGCGAAGGAGAUUGCAGUAGACUUGGAACAUCACGACCACAGAACCUAUGUCGGACUUGUGUCUCUGAUGCAAGUCAGCACACGAGAGCAAGACUGGAUCGUGGAUACUCUGCAGCCCUGGCGCCACAAACUCGAAGUUCUCAACGAAGUGUUUACCGAUCCUAAGAUCGUCAAGGUCUUCCACGGUGCAUAUAUGGACAUGGUAUGGCUGCAACGAGAUCUGGGGCUUUACGUAAACGGUCUCUUUGACACGUUUUUCGCUUGUGACCAACUUCAUUACCCGGCAAAGAGCCUUGCGUAUCUACUCUCCAAGUUUGUCAAUUUUGAUGCGGACAAGCAAUAUCAGUUGGCAGAUUGGAGAAUAAGACCGCUGCCCGAGGAGAUGUUGUACUACGCUCGGUCUGAUACCCAUUAUCUGCUCUACAUCUACGACCGAAUGCGCAAUGAACUUGUUGCAGCCUCAGACAAAAAUGAUCCCAAUAAAGAUCUCAUCGGUCGAGCUCUUGAGAAAUCGAGGGAGCAGUCUCUGUCCCGCUUCGAGUACCCCGGUUACGAUGAAGCAACUGGUGAAGGUUCUCGCGGAUGGUACUCGUACGUUCUUAAGAACUCUCAUUUGUCUUUCGACAGUGAGCAGUUUGCCGUCUUCAGGGCCUUGUGGAGGUGGAGGGACGACAUGGCCAGGAAGGAGGAUGAGGGCAUCAACUUUGUUCUCAGCACCAGGGACAUAACAGAGAUUGCCCGGAUUAACCCGCCAGACGCAAAGGCCCUUCAUAGCUUAUUACCUCUCAAUGCCUCACUGGCCAGGCCACGCUUCAACGAGAUCUGGGAACAGAUCAAGGAGACAAAGGCCAAGGGUGGCCAGAGCCUGCUCCACUUCUUCACUUCGAUGGCGCCGGAAGGCAUUAUGAGGAAUCGCCUCCCUACCACAGCCAGAAAGACUACAAAGUUGCCAGACCUUGAUGGAGAGGUCACGGUCAGUAGGCUGACCAAGUCGCAGUUAUUUGGAGACAUUCCAGUCAGCACUAAAUGGGAUGUUUCCACGCCCCGUCAUGAAACUGAUGACGACCUUAUUCCCUUCCCUUGGCAGAAGUUUGUUCAGCAAGGCACUAUUGAGGGAGACGUCCAACACACUACCACCACCGAGCCGGCUGCAGCUCCUGAACACCCCAGUCACGUGGAAAAUACAGCGGACAGGGCUCAAGUUGAAGAGGAAGAUGAGGAAUUUACGCUGAAGAGAGGUCAGAAGCGAAAGUCACAGGCGGUGGAAGAAUCCGACUCCAGUGACGAAGAAUCUGAAGCGGCGGAUUCAGAUAGUGAUGAGGAGAUGCAAGAUAACAACGGAGUUAUUUCUAUCGAGGAUGAGCCUGAUCGCGCAGCAAACAGAAACGCUCGUCGUAAGCAGCGCAAGGCAGAAGAGAAGAAGGCCAAGGAGGAACGGCUCCGACGGCAAGAGGCUAAGCAGGCCCGCAAAGCUCAGAAGAAGCAAAAGAAGGAGGAUGACAAGGUCACGGCCAAGAAGUUCGAUGCAGUACCUUUCGACUAUAGCACAGCUACAUCGGUGCUUCACGCCAAGAAGGAAGCCAACGGGCAAGCAGAUGUCAAGCCCAAGAAGAAGUUCUUCGACCCUUACUCGAAGUCUGCAGACACGGAUAUCAAGGGAGCUCGCAAGGCACCUCCUGUUAGAGGUGAGCGAAGCGCCACGUUCAAAAAAUAA